GCCAGUCGACUCACAGGGAGCACCUCGAAUCAACCGCGAGGUUUUUAUUUGAAGCCGCCAACAAGAGCUUUAAAAGAAACUGGCACCAUGGAAGAGCCCUACAGUCCACUGGUCCGGCGGCUCGCGCCCAUGGCCGCCGCUCAGCCUGCGCGCGCACACGCACCUGAUGACCCCAUACUGCGAGGGUAGCUGGAGUUAUCCUCCUGGAGGAAAGCGUACGCAUUCAGCGCGAGGAGAGACAUUGGCCGCUCUCCACGACUCCCCCUCCCCUCCUCCCCUUCAUCCUCCCCUCCUCUUCCCUCCGACUGGCACAGAGAAGAGUGUGAGAGACCGAGCGAGGGAACGUGGGAAAGAGGAAGACGAUGUACCAAACACUGCUUCUUUCCUCCUCCCUCUUCAUCCUUCAUGUGAUGGGCACUCCCCAGUUCCUCGCUCACCAUGGGAGGAGGGUGUGCGGCCGAGACCUCCACCAUAGCAUUGUCAUGGCAACAGAGUCCUACGUCCAACCGGUGCACAAGCCCUACAUCACCCUGUGUCAGGGGCAUCGCCUCUGCAGCACUUACAAGACCGUGUACUCGGUGGCGUACCGGCAGGUGAGCAGAGUGACGUCUCCUUCGCAUUUCUACCCAGAGUGUUGCCCGGGCUGGAGGAGGUUUCACUCUCACAACUGCAACCAAGCUGUGUGUGGACAAGCCUGCGUGAAUGGAGGUACCUGCUUAAGACCCAACCAGUGUGCUUGUCCGCUAGGCUGGACAGGCCACCAGUGCCAAACAGACGUGGAUGAGUGCAGCGAGCAGCAGCCGUGCGCUCAGGAGUGUGUGAACACCGCUGGCAGCUAUCGAUGCACGUGCAGAGACGGCUUCAGGCUCGCCGGAGACGGCCGCACUUGUCAAAGCCUUCCUCCUCCUCUUCCUCCUCCUCCUGCCACGCCUUCGCCCCCCACCCAGACCAGCCAGACGACAGCGGGUGGUCGCACUGAUGCAGGUACAGGAAGGAUCGGCCUGGUGGAGAAUGUGACGGAGGAGGUGCAGAGUUUGAGGAACAGGGUAGAGCUCCUGGAAAAGAAGUUGCAGUUGGUCUUGGCCCCCUUCAGCAGCUUCUUCCCACUGUCAUUGGAUGAGGGCAUGUCGGAGAAAACCACCUUGCUGUCCCACUCCUUCCAGCAACUGGACCGCAUCGACUCCCUUAGCGAGCAGAUUGGCUUCCUGGAGGAGCGCCUUGGCACAUGUUCCUGCCAGGAAAAUUAACCACAAAUCACGGCCAUCGUUAUUUUCAGACAUCUCCCGCGAAGUUAGUCAUGACACAAACCUGCCAGAGAUUGUACGCACCAGAGCGGCUGGUGUGCGUAAGAAAAGGGAAGGCGGAAGGAGGAAACGGCGUCUGUCCUUCCCACGAUCGUGGCACGAAUCGUCUGUCGAUUUUUCACUGUUCCCAACGGGUUCAUUUUACUUCUCCUGUUGAAUCACUGUCAGAUUCUUGAUUUUGUAACAGUACCUGUGGCAGGGUCAGUUUCACAAUUACAUCAUCCACGUAACAGCUAAACCAAAUCCCCUGGGGGUCAAAGGUUAAACUGGCCACUUUUGUUUCUGGGUUUGUUUUUGCAUCAGUGCAGCUGUGUCCUCUGUCUGAGCCCCAGACGUGGACAUCUGUAUUUAUCUAUUUAAAUUAUGAUUACCUUUAGUUAUUUCUCAGUGCUCCAAUAGACAUUUUUACCUAGUUUUGUAACAUUUUGUAAUAAAAAGUCUUAAUCAAAA